AUGGGUGAUACAAAUGGACAAGUUGUAGCUGGUGGCAAAUGCGAAGGAAAUCAAUUGGAUCAAUUGAAACAUCCAACUGAUGUGCUAAUUGACAAAGAGACUGAUAGUCUCAUUAUAUGUGAUCGGGAAAAUCGACGAGUUGUACAAUGGUCUCGUUGUAGUGGCACAAGUCAAGGAGAAAUUCUCAUUGACAACAUUCGUUGUUGGGGAUUGUUCAUGGAUGAUCAGAGAUAUCUCUACGUCUCUGACAUCGAAAAACAUGCAAUAAGACGAUAUCAAAUAGGAGACAAGAAUGGAAUUAUCGUGGCUGGUGGAAAUGGCAAAGGUGCUGAUCUCAAUCAACUCAAGGAACCGACCUACAUCUUUGUCGAUCAACACCAGACUGUCUACGUGUCAGACAACAAUAAUCAUCGUGUAAUGAAAUGGAAUAAAGGUGCAAAAGAAGGCGUUGUCGUCGCUGGAGGUCAAGGCCAAGGGCAUGCUCUGACACAAUUGUCUUGUCCUUAUGGACUUUUCGUCGAUACGUUGAGUACCAUCUAUGUGGCAGAUUCAUUGAAUCAUCGAGUAAUUCGUUGGCCUAAAGGAGCAAGACAAGGUACUGCCAUUGUGGGUGAAAAUAGUCAAGGAGCAGGAGCAAAUCACUUGCGUUCGCCUCUUGGUUUAUCCUUCGAUCGACAAGGCAAUCUCUAUGUCGUUGAUGGUGGUUAUGAUGGAUAUGAUCGUAUUCAAUUUUUUUCAAUUCAAUAA